GAAAGUUCUCUCAUCAUUUUAGAAGAAUAUAUCAGCUCUGUAGGCCUAUACAAUGCAAAAGAAUGGUGACCAAAACUUUGCCCAAAAAGCACAUAAACGACAUAAAAGUAAUCCACAUGACUUCAUGUCAAUCCAUGUCUUCUGAAGCGAUCCAACCAGUUUUGAGGGAUGGCACUAGGAAGUGUAAUCAAGCUUGAAAUCAUAGUUGCCAAGUAGACUGCUGAUGUAAACAUUUUGGUCUGUUCUCACCCAAAACCAAUUGGAUUGCUUCAGAAAUAUUCUUCUAAAACUCUUUGUGUACUGCAGAAGAAAGAAAGUCAUACUCAUCUGGAAUGGAAUGAGGGUGAGUAAAUGAUGAUAGAAUUUAAAUUUUUUGGUUAAUUAUGCCUUUGAAGAUGGGCUAUACUUUCAAAAAUUACCAUUGUAGCCAUUGUUUCCCCCAAAUAGUUACACCAUAGCUACUACAGUUACUUUUAGUUAUGUAAAAGCAUAAUAAUAAUAAUAAUUCCUUACAUUUAUAUAGCACUUUUCUAGGCAUUUAAAGCACUUAACAUAGUAUAGGGGAAUCUCGUCAACCACCACCAGUGUGCAGCAUCCACCUGGAUGAUGCGACAGCAGCCAUAGUGCACCAGAACGCCCACCUCACACCAGCCACUGGUGGAGAGGAGAGUGAUGGAGCAAUUCAGGGAUGGAGAUUAUUAGGGGGCCUUGAUUGAUAAGGGCCAAUGGGGGGAAUUUGGCCAGGACACCAGGGUUACACCCCUACUCUUUACAAGAAAUACGAGAAAUAAUGACAAUAAUAAACAGUAUAAGAAGUAGGGCUGUGCUAAAAAAUCGAUAUGGCAAUAUAUUGCGAUAUUUAUUUUCACGAUAUACUACAUCGAUUUCCAGCUCAAAAAAACCGAUUUUUUUUUUUUUUUAAACACUGUGAACCACAAGCUCCGUACCAGUAGAUGUCGCAGUAUGUCUUGCUGCCCAGAAGGGCCGGGAGACAUUUUCGGUGGAGUGAAAAGCUGGAAGCGGCAUGGCAGAUGCAGCUGAAAAAAUUACAGCGGCCCCUUCAAAAUAUAAAGCCGAUGUGUGGGUGCACUUCGGUUUUAAAAACAAACUUGGCAGCAUUGAGUUGGAUAAAACCAAUGCAAUAUGUAAGCUUUGUCACGCUGCUAUAAAAUAUUCGGGUAACACAACCAACUUGCGAACGCACCUUGUCAGACGCCAUGCCGAUAUAACGUUACAGCAGCUUCCGAAACCUAUCGAACACAGGCAGACUACACUGGAUAACAUCUCUAACAAACUUCCAUCUACCUCAGCUCGAGCUCUAAAAAUAACGGAGUCAUUGGUGCAUUUCAUUUGUCAUGAUUUGCGGCCCUACAGUGUCGUUGAAAACACGGGAUUCAGGUAUAUGGUUAACGUCACGGAGCCGCGCUAUGUGAUCCCGACUCGCAAACAUAUUACUGAGGUAGCUGUGCCCAGAAUGUAUGAAGAGGUGAAGCAAGAAGUAAAAACAUCUCUUGCCUCAGCAGAAAGAGUGGCCUUAACGUGCGAUGGUUGGACAUCGAGAGCCACUGAAUCUUAUAUUACUAUCACGGCGCACCACAUUAAUGAGAACUGGGAACUGAUUUCUCAUGUUUUGCAGACGAGGGCAAUGCAUGAGAGCCAUACUGGCAGUAACAUCGCCGAGCUGUUGAAAGUAGCAUUAGAGGAAUGGGAUAUAAAAAGCAAGGACCCCGCUAUAGUUACAGACAAUGCAUCAAACAUGACCAUAGCAGCGCAGCUUGCUGGUUUGCUACAUUUUAAAUGUUUCGCGCAUACUUUGAAUUUGGCUUCACAGCGCGCACUGCAGCUAAAACCAGUCGCCCGUUUGCUGGGAAGAGUGAGAAGAAUAACCAGCUUUUUCAGACGCAGCCCCACAGCUAGCUGUGUACUGCGUGAAAAACAAAAGCUUCUAAAUCUGCCUCAACACAAAUUACUCAAUGACAUCGUUACCAGAUGGAAUAGUGCUCAUGACAUGCUACAACGCUUCUUAGAACAGCAGCCAGCCAUCCAUGCUGCCCUCCUCUCAGCUGAGGUGAGGAAGACAGAGAAGGAGAUCUGCACCCUCACUGAGUCAGACAUAACAGCUGCUGAAGAAGUUGUCACUGCUAUGAAGCCCAUGAAGGUAGCUACACUUGUCAUGUCAGAGGAGACCACUCCAACACUAUCAGUUGUAGCACCACUCCUUGCCCAGCUGAUCCAUGAUCUACAAGACAGCCCAGCUGAUUCCAAUUUGACAAAGGAAAUCAAAUCUGUCAUAUGCCAGGAUCUUAACAAGAGGUACUUGAAUAAGGAGGCUCUUUAUGUAGCCUCAGCUAUGGAUCCGAGGUUUAAGGCCCUGCCCUUCCUUUCAGAAGACCAACACCAGGACAUCUAUGCUAGAAUCACUGCAGAAGCUACAAGGAGCAAAGGGGCAUUACAGCAGAAUGAUACUGGAGUGGAGACAACAGAGACAGAGAGUGAUGUGAAUGUGGUGCCAGAGGAAGAUGAGGACAGCAAUCAAUGCCCUGUGCAAAAAGACAUCUCUGCAGUACUAUCUAAGAGAUCAAGGCAUUUUCUAGCUGACUUACUUGGUCAAACAUAUGCUGCAGGUGCUGCAAAAAAAUUGAAAACCGCAGAGGACCAAGCAAAGGAGGAGAUGGCAAAAUACAAGGAGGAAGCUCCCCUGCCACUUAGUGCUAAUCCACUGGACUGGUGGAAAGGGCAUCAGAGCGAGUAUCCUCUCUUGUCUCACAUUGCAAAGAGAUAGCCCCCCUGUGCAUCCCGGGGACUAGCAUCUCCUCUGAGAGAGUUUUCUCUACUGCAGGGGAUAUUAUUACAGCUCAGAGAAGUGCACUUACACCAGAGCAUCUUGAUCAAAUUAUGUUCCUGAACAAAAAUCUGAGGUCAAAGUAGGCCUGUCACUGUAUCCAUGUUUUUACAAAGUUUGGUUAUAAUACUUAAUAUGCACUAUGUUUUACUCAUUGUGACAGAGUACCUGAGGAUAUGCACUUUAUUUUCAUGUUUGCAAUGUGUGCACUGUUAAAGUGCAGGUUAAUAUUGUUAUGGCAGCUUAAAAAAUAAAUUGGAAAAUUUAUUUUGAAUUAUGUCGCUUUGACUCCAUUUGUCCACUGAUUUAUCAUUGUGAUGUAUUAAUACUACCCAGAUCGUACAGAGUAACAAAGUAUUUCAGCACUGAUAUAAUUUUUUAGUGAACUGUAAUCAUAUCGUGAUGUGUAUCUUAUUGUGAUGUGUAUCGUAUCGUGGUCCAUAUAUCGUGAUGCGUAUUGUAUCGUGGUCCAUGUAUCGUGAUGCGUAUCGUAUCGUGAAGUCCUUGCCAAUACCCACCCCUAAUAAGAAGCUUUCAGAAUUUAUGUAAUUUUAGUUUUUUAUGGCAAUUUUGGAUAUAACAAGUUACCAUAGUUUUGUUGUAGUAACUAACUAUGGUGGUUUGGAGACUAUGGCUACUGUGGUAACAUUUUUUAAAGGUAAAACAUAACAUGAUUGAUCACACAUCUUCAUGUCUAUGCAUAUCAUAGACUUGUUCGGUUUGAAGUCCAAAACCCCAGAAGAGAAUUCGCCAUUGGUUCCCUUGGGAUUUUGCUAUGGGUUUUUAUGGGAGUGUUUUCAACUUAUAAGUACAAUAAGGUCUGUGGUAAACAUUAUUGACUAUACAUGGAUGUUUUGUUCUACAACAUAUAUGACACACUUUCAUACCUCAAAUGUGAAUAUAGAUUAAGCCAUACUGAAUUAUAUACUAUUAAAAUAAAAACACUUUCUUCAAAACACAUGUUUAAGGUUUGAUUGUGUAAUUUAUGUUGUAGAACAAAACAUCAACAUAUCAUCAAGUAAUGUUUACCACAGGCCUUAUUUUACAUUUAAUUAAUAGACAUUUUUAAAAACCCAUAGGAAAAUCCAUUGGGAACCCAUGGUGAAUUCUCUUCCGGGUUCGCCUACAAAUUGAUGUCACGGCUGAACAAAUCUAUAAGAGUGAUCUGUGAUAAUUGAGUUGGUGAAUCAGAAACUGUCUCAAAACUAGUGAGCUGCCUAUCUAGACUUUAUUUUGGGGCAUCGUAGGCAAGUUUAAACGUCCAGCAAUCUUUAUUUUGUGAUGCUUGGUUAAAAGUAGAAGAUGUGUGGUUUACCAUCUCUGGACACAAACAGAACUCGAAAUUAAGUGGACAUAACACAAACCGCUGUGUAAAU